AUGCAUGCUUACCUCGGCACGGGCCUGGAAGUAUUGGCCGACAAAGGCGGCCGCGAGGAGUUCCGCUGCGACAUCAUCGAGACCCCUACCAUCCAAAAUGGGGUGUGCGAAGUGUCUUCUGGGACUCCCGCAGGUUAUUACAACUUCACGUAUGUUUUGCGGCACGAUGGCGUCGUCUCGCGCAACGAUGACGACGCCUCCAUCGGCUUCGGCCGAUCUGCAUGGGAGGUCGCUUUUCGGAGAGUUUCAUAA